AUGGAUUCUAAGUGGGGAGGCUCCUACCACUACCAAGAUAUUCUUGGCAAUGCUGCGUCGUUCCAAGUGCAAUCAUAUAUUCAGACCAGUUCCAUUGAACACGAGACCACUCGACACGUUGUUAAGGAGUCCUCGGACCUCGUCCGGAAGGAUAUCCAUGCCCUUGGUGCGGCCCAGCAGGCUUUGGUUCAAAGCUCCAACGAGCACACGGUUAUACUCCAGGCCCUCCUCCACGCAAUGACUAGGAUACAGACACCGCCGGAGACGGAGCCUUGUACGAGUGCCGUCAGAAACUGCAAUGCCCGGCACUCCGCCGUGCCCACUGUAUCCGAUGACCCCGUCGACAUGGAGAGGAUCGAACGGGCUCGAUAUCACCACCAGGUGGUAGCCGAACACUCCUGGUCUUUUAGUGCUGGAGACACCCCCUCAACCCUCCCCUCCGGCUUGGUGGCGUGGCAUGGCACUUCCGCGAGGGUUAAACUGCAGCGAAAACGCCACGAAAAGACACUCCGAGCAAAAGUCCGAGCGUGGGUCACACUCUUUGGGCCAAAGGUGGUUGAGUUCGAGUUUGCGGUUCGCCUUCGAUCCAUGGCUUGGCUGUCGCCAUUGGUGCAGUGCCGCGUCGUCGCGGCCAACGUAAGGUCGCAAUUCUCCCCAAUCUUCCAAGCCUGCAAAUACGGAGACCUCAAGCGCAUCAAGCUACUGUUGGAGAGCGGCGAAGCCAGCAUCAACGACAGAAACAUCAUUGGUGACGGGCUAUUAUGGGAACCCCGGCCGACCCUGAGCAGUCCGGCGUCGACAGUCGUGCAGUACCUCCUAGACUGCGGCUGCGAUCCUAACCUCGAGUCCAGGCCCGCUCUGAACCUCGCUCUGCGGAGUGGGCAGGUUCAAGUUGCUCGGGCGCUGAUCCGGGGUGGCGCUGACCUAUACUCAGCGGUUCAUCCCCCUCCGCAUGAUAUGCUCGGCGCUCCCAACGAGGGGAUCCUCCGAGCCGAAAUAAACCUGCUCAAUAGCGAGGACUAUUGGCAGUGGCAAGUGCCCCUUUCUGAAACGAGCACGCUGGAUGAGUGGUUGAAUCUGUUAGCGGCUGCCAGUGACGCGGGAAGUAUGGAAUAUGUAAUGAAGGCCGUUGACGUUCUGAGAUUCCCGAUUUCUUUGUCAAAGAUUGCUGCCUACAGGGCGGUUACAAAGGCUAACAUCGAGACGCUGGCCAUCCUCCUGCGUCUCCGUGCGGAGGAUGGCAUCUCCCGAGCAUCCAUCGAGCUUGACUUGUUUCAACGCGUCAUAGAGAGAGGCAGACUCUUCAUGAUGCACUAUUUUCUAUUUCGCGCAGCGGAUGAGACGGGAAGAAAGGAAACGAGCCUCGUCUCGCACACCACGUGGUCAAUCCUUUGGACGAGGCUUUUGGGGGACUGCAAUUGGGAAUUUCAGGAGGUGGAGGGUAUUCUGCUUCAUUUUCUACUGCACACCGGGACUGAUAUGACGGGGAUACGUGAUAAGUUCUCAUUGUUUGCCACUCUCUCGCUGUACCGGAGGGCACCUAGGUGGCUUGACCAGUUAUUUCCACACGAGAUGCUCAACGGCCUCGACGCAGCUCAGGUGUGGAGCCUGUGCCGUCUCGGCGAGUUGUUCUGGAACUACCCUGAGCCGAACCACAUCGUCCACCCCAGCCUCGCCGGCGAGUUGAAGGAGGCUCGAUCAGUAGUCAAGAUGGACUGGUCACUCCGAGGGUUCGUCAGCAAGGAGCCCUAUAUUGACCCGGACUUCGAACUGGGACCCCGCUAUCGGUAUUUAGACGAGGAGAGCGAUGGAUCACUGUCAUCAAAACCGUGGCUCCUUGAAACGGAGCGAAUCAGCCAGCCUUUCGACAACAGAGCUUCACUCAAUGCCACCGACGUUAUCCACGGCUGUCCUAACGUGGACGCGAUCAAGGCAGCGGCUAGGCGCUCGGAGGGCAGGAGAUAUUUUCUGCGCUAUAAUACGGGCCGGAAUCCUCCUCCCCUCAGGGAGUACCCUCAUGUGCCGGACGAGAUCCUGUUCAAUGACAGCACACUAUUCUACGACAACAUCUCCACCGAGCAGGGCAGGCAACAGCUGUCCAGGUAUCCACUGAGCCGGGCUCUGUGCAACGCCCUGCAGCUCGCCGGAUACCGUGCAGACAUGGACGCCGACGGGGACAUCUGGUUUGAGGAUGAUGACGGAGACCGUUACUACGACGCAAGGGAAUACCAGCCCGGCCCUGAUCAAGAUGAUGACGUGGUGGAGAACUGCCCUGUCUGCCAGAACCCGGAUAAAUACGGGCUGGGGUUCAUUAUCCGUCGCGCUAAGAUGGGAGAGGCGUUCGUUGACGAGUUCAGGGCGAGGAGGAAGGAGGGAAAGUAUGCGACUCUCUGA